ACGGUUGUCUGUCCAACAUGGCGUCGCUGGGAAGGAGGCGCGGUGUCCCAGUGAGCAGGGAGAGGGGAGUGAUGGCGGCCACAGACUGCUACAUUGUGCACGAGAUCUACAACGGGGAGAACGCACAGGACCAGUUCGAGUACGAGUUGGAGCAAGCACUGGAGGCCCAGUAUAAAUACAUUGUUAUUGAGCCCACGCGUAUCGGAGACGAGACGGCCCGUUGGAUUACAGUUGGCAACUGCCUGCACAAGACGGCUGUGUUGUCAGGAACGGCUUGCCUCUUCACGCCUCUUUCCCUGCCCGUCGAAUACUCGCGCUACGUGGCGCUGCCCGCCGGCGCCCUCAGCGUGGCCUGCUCUGCCCUCUACGGGAUUUCUUGGCAGUUCGACCCCUGCUGCAAGUACCAGGUGGAAUAUGACAGCCAAAAACUCUCACGGCUGCCCCUGCAUACGCUCACCUCCUCGACGCCCGUGGUGUUGGUACGCAGGGAUGACGUCCACAGAAAGAGACUCCAUAACACGAUAGCACUGGCUGCCCUGGCGUACUGCGCCAAGAAGAUCUAUGAACUCUAUGCUGUAUGAGUGCAAUCUGAAAGGGUUUAAGAACCAAACCGAAAAAAGGAGAAAAACAAACAAAAAAACAGAACCUAUCCGACCCCCGAUGUAAGGAAAGUGGAAGUCACGAUCAGGCCCAGCAGUUAGCUCCGCACGUGUGGUGGGUGCUUCCAAUUUUGAACUUUGAUCAGAGGGAUAUAGUUAAAACUAGAAGGAAUUGUUUUUUUCCCCAAUUACAUUUCCUUUACUUCUUUGUGACAACAGCAGUACGUUUAUCUCUGUAGUUCCCUUGCGCCUCCUUCCCUGUGCCCUCCACCUGCAUCCUUGACACACAAGUUAGUGCACAAGGGAAUGGCCGAGUUCCUCUGGACUGAAUCGUAUUGCUGUUCGAACGGACAGAUAUGUUUUGAGUACCGAGCUUUCCCCCCCCCUUUCCCUCGUAGUUUUACUGUACCCCAUUCUUGCUGAUCAGUACAUCACCCUUUCAUUAAACUUUAGGAUAUUUCAAACUCACUUUUCUGUAUUUUAUUUGACUGUUUUCAUUAAACGGAUUCUACAUGAUGUCCACAAAGGAGCAAGAAGCCUAAACUUGAGAUUGUGUCUUGUCCACGUAGAUUCUUUGGUUGAAAGAGAACAAGUAAGAUCUUUGGUGACAAUUAUGUGUCCUUGUUUCAGAAAAUACACAUUUUAUUCACGCUUCUGAUCCUGUGCAGUAUUUCACAUUAAUGUCGAGCCAAACCCGUUAUAAUGGAAAUUUAAGAACAGAAACAAACAUUCACAAUUCAUACUUUCUUUGUUUUGUUUAUUGUUUAUUAACAUGCAUGGAUGAAGUGAAGGAUGAUUUGUGAUCUAACAAGACUCGCGAAAAUUGAACAAUAAAGUGGAUUUUAGGUGUAAA